UCAUGGGGCCCCCGGGCAAUGGGGGAUCAUGGGGCCCCUGUGUCCUUGCCUAAGCUCAAAAAAGCCUAUGAAAAAGGUACCAGGGGCAUCUCAUGGGGCCCCCUACUGACCCCAGGCCCUCCAGCAGUGCCCGAGUUUCCAAAUGGUCAGUCUGUCCCUGCCAGUAACCAAUAAUAACAGCCAUGCAAAGCAGUGUGCUUUCAGUGAAGCACAAGCACAGAACAGGAUGUAAAACAGCACACAGUUAACCCCUUGAUUGCCCUACAUGUUAACCC